AUGACCGACCAAGCUAUAUCUCCUCUUGGCAAUGAUCCAGAUUCGACUCAGCCAGCCUUAGCCCCUUCAACGUGGAGAAGGUUAUCUCAUCCACCUUUACCUACCUUUCGACCUAAUAUACCCAAUUUACGGAAUGCUAUCCUAGGUUAUCUGGGCGAAGUGGAAGUCGCUUUGAGAUCCAGAUUAGGUGAAUUACCAUUCGAAGAGAAAGAAAGGAUUAGAGCUACUUCAAGCUCACCUUCUAUAUCAGGAGAUGAAUUUGGUUAUAGUGGGAAUGGAAACGGAAGUGGUGCGGAUAGUGUUGAUGAUGAUUUCGGUGGUGAUACAAUUAGAUAUGGUUCUUCUUCUUCUUCUUUAUCAUCAACGUCGAGAAAUGGUUAUGGAUUUGGACAAUCUUCAUCUACAACUACAACUACAUCUGAAGGAUUGAGAAAUCGUUUUGAUAAUUCCACUUCCACUACGCUGAAUCAAUUUCAUCAUGGCAAUGGCGCGACAUCAUCAAUAGAUAAUAAUUAUCACUUGAACCUUCUUUCUACUAUAAGAGAAGAAGCUGUUAAUCAUUUAUCAUCUCUAUCAGUCCCAUCUUUAUCAGUCACGGUACCUUCAUUACCUAUACCAUCAAGAGAAUGGCUCAAAUCGUUACCAUCAAGAUUAUCAAGUAUUGAUCCCGGAUUAUCUUAUUCAUACGGCCACAACGUUGAUAGAAAAGGUAAAUCCGCUGCGGAUGGUGGCCUGGAUGGUGGGGAACUUCUGACACACGAUCUUGGGGCUAUUCAAUCAGCUAGAAAAAGAGUUUUAGAAGUCGUUCAUACUUUACUACCUUCGGAAGAAUGGGUUCCAUGGGAAAGGCUGGGAUGGGAAGAACAGGAAGAAGAACAAGAUAAAGAUAAAAGAAGUAAAAGAGCUAGAUCACAUUCUCUCGAGAAAUCAAUAUUACAUGAUGAAGAAGAAGAAGAUGAACCAGAAUACUUAUUCCCCAACAGGACUCCCGCUUCAGCAAAAGCAAUGGCAAGGCGUAGAGCAGUCAGAUCAAAAUCUUUAGGUGCAAAUUCAUUCCCAACAAUCCGUAAGAUAAAUCAUGACGAUGACAUUCGUCGUCCAAUAUCAAAUUUACAAAGAUCAAAAACCGCAGAUCCUUAUUCGAAACCUAUUUUAUUCGAUUCAGAUGAUGACGACGACGAUAAUCAUUAUUUUGGUGAUGCAAGAGAUGUCAAGGUCCACAAUACUGAAAGUCCGGCACUAAAUGAUAACGAUGAGGAGGAUGAAGAAUAUAUAUUGAAACAUCCAGAGAUUACGGAUACCAAAUUGACGGCUUUGGUAGCUGAAGAUAGUCCAAUGGGACCAACUGUUCAAGAAUCUUUGAAAAGGUCAAAUGACGGUAAACGAUUAAUCAGAUAUGAGGAUCUGCCUGCUGUCUGGAGAAACAACGAACAUGUUCAUACAGGAUACCGAUUCAUCCCUCUUCAUCUUAAAACUGGGCCUGUACCUCUCAUCAAAUCAGCCUUCACAUGGCACAACGAAACUAUCAAUAUCCAUUCUCAUUUCAUACCAACCAUCCUGAUCUCACUGUUCGUUCCAUACAUACUCAUCAAUUCUCCUCUACCCAAUGCCCACGUACUAGACACUUUGAUUCUCGCAUUGUACCUGAUCGCAGCGAUAUCGUGUCUUUUCUCUUCGGCAAGUUGGCAUGUCCUUAGCGGGUGUGCCUCCAAGAGAUGGUUCGAAUGGGGAGCUUGUGUCGAUUAUAUCGGUAUAUCGUGGCUCAUAGCAGCAUCUUUCGGAACAGUAGUAUAUAAUGGAUUUUACUGUCAACCUAAGCUGGUUCUACUAUAUUGUAGUAUCAAUGCGUUUUGUGGAGGUCUAGGAUCUUAUCUGCCAUUUCAAAAAUGGUUCAACGAAAGAAGGAAUAAGCACCUUCGAAUUUCUUUUUUCCUCUUUUUAUGUUUUGCAAUGUUCGCACCUAUGCUUCAGUUAUUCUACCAACAUGGUUUUACAAAAGCAUUAGCUUUUACCGCACCCUUCGGAUGGUCAAUCGCAACCUAUUUAACGGGAUUGUGGUUCUACGCAUUCCAUUUCCCGGAAUGCAGAUGGCCAGGGAAAUUCGAUAGAUGGGGAAUGUCACAUCAAUGGUGGCACGCUGGUAUAGUCUUAGCCAUUUGGUUACAUUACAAAGCAGUCUUCGUAGCUCAUGGAAUGAAAUAUGAUUAUUCUUGUGCCGCUCCUGGGGCAGGUAAGAGUGUAGCCCAAGUACUAGAAGGGUGGUUGAUUGGACAUUGA